AUGGCCCCCAAGAGUUUUAGGGUCGUCCCUAAUUUGAGUGGUGAUUUCCAUCGUAGAGCGGCAGACUCCGGCACGCCGCAAUUGUCUCCUCCUCCUCCUCCACGAACUCAUGGUAGCCUUCACUCCAACGAAGCACGCGUUUCCGCUUACGUCAACGGUAAAGCUUUGAACAGAGACCAAUUGACAUGUCUUCACAGUAUUCGCGAUUAUCGACACAUUCCACAACUAUUAUUGCCUCAUUUUGUAGCCAGGGAAAAUGCAAAAGACGCUGAGAAGAAAGCAAAAUGCGCCUACACGCCACUCAAAUCGUGGCAAACCCGAAUAUUGGUGUUACAUCCAGAAACAAACCCCGGCUCUAGUGGUCAGUCAGCCAGAAAAUCUCUUGGAGCGAUCAACAAGAGUUCCGGACGAGCAAUCGCUCUUGAGGACUGGAGUAAAAGCUACCCUCAUGGAUACUCAUUUCCACAUGAAAGUGCACUUCGUUUUCGAAAGGAAGAAGUUAUAUCUGAGGUUAAGUUUAUGUCAGCUGCAACGGCAAUUGCAGUUCACGAGCUGAGCGCUACAGUGCGCACUAUCUCUGAAGAAGAGAGCUUGGAUGAAACAUGGUGCUAUGGGUUGAACGAAGCAGGCGAAAAAGGAUACUUCCUGAUGAACUGUGUGGUUUUUGAAGAACGAAUUACUUUGCCUAUUAAAUGCGAACUUAUCCUUGUCGAUGUCAUAGAUGGACCUGGACUAGGACUGGCGGCUACGGGUACUACCAUUGCUUAUGAAGCUCUCUCAUAUGCCUGGGGUGAUCCAACGCCGAACUGUCUAAUCACCAUCAAUGGAGAGGCUUUUCUGAUAGCAAGAGAAUUAGCCAAUGCACUGCUGUACCUAAGAGAUGGAGGAGGUGGUAAAAAGAGGUACUUGUGGUGUGAUGGUAUCUGUAUCAAUCAGCUCGACUUGCAGGAAAAAGCUCAGCAGGUGAAAAACAUGCUUCGUAUUUUCGAGAAAGCGGAAAAUGUUGUGGCUUGGCUAGGACUACCAAGUCAUAUAUCUGGCCAAUUCUUUUAUGCCUGUCGAAGAUUGGAGCAGAGAGAUCAGAUCCUGGACGAAGCUAUAGAACCCUUGAUUAAACAAGCUUUGGAUGAUGUUCUAAGCCGGAGAUGGUUUUUCCGCACGUGGGUAAGACAGGAGGUAUUUGCGGCGAAGAGAAUGUCAGUUCAGAUAGGUCAUUAUAAUCACGAUUUCGGUAGCUUCGCGGAUUUAGUCAAACGACUUGACUUUGUCCAGACAUCACGAUUGCCAAGCAUCCCCAAAAGGCAGAGAAGUAUGCCACCUACCUUCUCCGUAUAUAAAAGAGAGUACCAACACUCUGGAACGGACCGAUAUGAUUUUCAGGUGCAAGGAAAACUUCGGAGCUUCACUAAACACUGGCUAUCUGUCCUACGUUCGGGUGCUCUUUUUGACGUUUCUGACGAACGGGACAGGGUCUAUGGAGCGCUUGGUCUAUUGACAAGCCCCUCAAUUAGAUUCUUUACAGCUCUACCAACCCACCUGGAGCAAUUAUCUAAAUUCCCUGUAUAUUAUGAUACUUCUGUAUCAUUUGUAUUUCAGGACGUCAUCAAAUUCCUCAUGCAAAUGACUAGGUCUCUAGAAGUCUUAGAUGCGUUUACCGACCGGACUUACCUUGAAAACAACGAGGUCCCGUCCUGGGCAACAGAUUGGGGUCGCAAAAAAGAUAGUUUUGUACUUUCGUGGAGCGGAUCUAAGCUGCUGACGAGUACUGGAAACAUGGAUGAUAUUUGGCGUCAAAAAGAUAUGCCAGUAGGCUAUCUCAAGGUCAAAGGCAUGAGGAUUGCCUCCCGUAUGUUAUCUCUUCAUUCCGAACACAAGAUUGAGCACCAUUCGACGCCAAGCUGGACAACUUUCGGGGACUUUAUUCAAAGUUAUUAUGAUGAUAGUCGACGAGCUGAUGCAGAUGGCUACCGCGCCAAGUGGGGAUCAUAUGAAUGGAGAUUCAUUUUUCCAGCGCAAUUCGACGGCACUUGGACUUAUACCAAAGAAGUGGACCCCAACGAUAUCCCCAUUCAAUUUACUCAAUACUUGGCCGGAAGGCAUUACGUGACAGCCACAUUUCCAAACGCUUUGGCGACACACAGCAUUCCUUAUGACGAGACCAAGCACUAUUUGGUCCCUAGAAACGCGUGCCUGGACGAUAUCGUAGUUGCCUUAUAUGGGAGUUCUGCCUAUCAUCUUUUAAGACCACUUGCAGAUAGAGCAGGAUGCUAUAGGUAUCUCGGUCCUGUUGUUGGCUUGCGUAUUAUUCCACCACCGAGAGACGCAUCAGAUAUUAUGGCAUCUACCCAAUCUCGUCAAGGGAUAGUCCCCCAGUCUUAUCUUGUAGAUGAGCAAUUUAUGCUUCUGUAA